GCUUUCAUUCCACAACAGAUUUUAGCCUAUUGUACAUUUAUGGCACAUCCCAUCGAACUCAUGGACAUUGACGAGGAGAAAUUUCAUAUAAAUUUGCAUAUCGCGCGCAUUUUCUCAUUUCUUGGCAUUUUAGUACAUUUUGUGAUGAUUUCUGCCAGCUUCGUGCAUCGGGAUCACUCGCUGUGGCAGCGCAAUCCCUUCCGCAAUAGCAUUUGGUUCUUCACCUGCAGCUGCACAAUACUUCUGCAUGUAGUUGUUUGUGCAGUGCAGAUUUUCCUGCACGACACCUACUUCAAAGAGGCAUGUGGCAUGUGGCCGGCAAUAGUUUUUCUCUACUGUGGAAGUUUGAUAAGUCUGACUAUCACAGAAAUAUGCAAGUGGCAGGAAAUUAAGGUAAACACGCGUUAUCAACGGCGUGCGAGACUAGACUUUGGCACCAAGUUGGGCAUGAAUUCACCAUUUUAAAAAGCGACUGAACAAAAGCGAUGAGUAUUCAACAAUCUAAAGAGACUAAUUUCGACAUCAAAGAAAUAAAAAACAAAACGAUGCAAGGAUGAUGCAUUAAAAAGACCAUAAACUAUUAUUAUAAAAACUACUUAAAGAACACAUUUAAAAAAAAAAACGAUAAGCAAUUCAAGACGUAGUGCCAAGGCUGCGGCUAAACUAAAUAAUAACGAAAUUAUGGAAUCACAAAAUAAAUAAAAAAAUCAAACUUA